AAUUCUUCUUUAUGCCUCCAAACGGAUUCAAGUUGCCUAAACGAACACGUCGUUUACGCCAAAAGGCACCUACGAAUGACGAAGAGGAGCAUGAAGAGAACUAUAGUCCUGCUUCUAUUGAGUGUUUAGUCAAUAAAAAAGAAAAAAAGUAGAAACAGAUACCAAGUUACAAGGAUUAUUUGAUAAACUAAACCGAGAUAUGGACGAGAAAGAAAAAGAGGUGAAUUUACAGUAGAAUAUGACAUGCAGGAUAAAGAUGCAUUUGAAGAAGAUGAACCAAAGAUACAUACGAUGGAAUUCAAUGAUGAACUUAUCAUGAAUAUUCAUACAGAACAACAAAAAGCAGAAGAUAAAGAUCAGAUAAGCGAGACAGUAGAAGCAGCCAGAGCUUAUCUAGAUCAAGAUCAACAAGAGAAUAUCGAGAUGGUCAUUCAACCCUUUUUUACACACUCUGCCCAAAUGCCAGAACCUAUUUUGAUAUCAAAAGAAUUAGGCCAUGGCCAAAAAGAGAUUCAUAUUUCUGAACUAUCAGCGACAUCAAAAGGAAGAGCGUUCUUGUUACAAUCUGCCUGUAUGAAAGAAUGGUAUGAUGCUGGAUGGAAAUGCCCCAACUAUGUCUAUCAAUGGUUAUUUCGUGUGAUUGGACUAGAGCAAAAUAAAAAAGCAGCCAAGAAUGCGUUCGAGACCUUGUUUGUGUUGUGGUCACUGCCUGGAAGUCGAGUGGAUACAAAACUAGCUCAUAUUUACAAGCAACGGUUUAUUGAUCUCGAGACAUUCAAGUCUGUCUUGAUAGCCUAUGGUGCUUCUGACAUGCUAGAAACAGACACCAUCAUGGACUCACUCAAUAAUACGCACACAUCGACGCCUCAUUUACCUUUAUCUCAACUGGGAUGGGCGAUCAAAGCCUUUAGUUUCUCGAUUCGAUUAUGGUCGAAAGCCUAUACAGCUUAUCAGAUUCGAUACAUUGUCAGACUCCUACUUCAAAUCUCAUUGGACAAGGCAGGUUAUCUGAUCAUGCAAGAUAUUCAGGCAGCGAUCGAUAACUGUCUAUUUGCUAUGGACUAUAUCACUUGGGAAACAGAACUCAAGGCGAUUGCUAAUGAUGUCUGCGACCUUGUGCAUUCAAGGCGACACCAGUUUUAUUUGUUUGAUUCGAUCAAGACAAUUUAUGAACGCUCUCGUUAUCUUCGACGUAUCUUGGGUCUUGUCUGUCUUGAACGGUGUCUUGAGCAAGAAGUACCGGGCAGUGUGGAUUAUAUCUUGACAAAUCAGUCAAUUAUUAAGCAAGUAGGACAUAUCUUUACACACCCUCAAGGGUUUUUUAUCAAUCGACCUAAAGAGAUGGAUUAUGAAGAAUGCUAUAUACGGGUUGCUAUGCUGGAUGCAGCCAUAGGCACACACAGUGAGGAGAUCAAAAGAGACAAAGAAGUAGUGCUGGUCAUUGCUGCUGAAUUAAAAAACAUGUCUUUACAGAUGGGUGCCAAAUUAGGUGUGAUGAAGAAAACAAUGGCAAAUGAAAUGAUUCAACGCGUUUGGGGUCGCAUAUUUUAUAUUGUAGGAAAAGAUACCAAAAUAGAGCACUAACAAUAAUAAUAAUAAAAAGUGUCAGGUGAAAAAAUGACCUUGACUGUUUCA